GUCACUCGUGAUGACGUAAGCGCGCCGCGUGAAAGGCGGAAGGGGAACAUGGAGGCGGCAGUGUUCAUUCUGUCUCUCGUGGACUGUUGUGCUUUAAUUUUCCUUUCUGUGUAUUUUAUUAUUACUCUCUCAGAUUUAGAAUGCGAUUAUAUUAAUGCAAGGUCGUGUUGUUCCAAAUUGAACAAAUGGGUUGUUCCAGAGCUUGUCGGACAAACAUUUGCCACAUUACUGAUGUUGGUUUCAAUGCACUGGUUUAUCUGUCUCCUCAAUUUACCAGUUGCAGUUUGGAAUAUCUACAGGUUUGUGAAGGUACCCAUGGGUAACAUGGGUGUAUUCGACCCUACAGAGAUUCACAAUCGAGGACAGCUCAAGUCUCAUAUGAAAGAGGCUAUGAUUAAGCUUGGCUUCCACUUGCUUUGCUUCUUUAUUUAUCUUUACAGCAUGAUCCUGGCAUUAAUAAAUGACUGAGAUGUUUCAGCCUGUGGGUAAAAGCUAACAAAUGCCAACUUCCCUUGAUUUCCAGAGUCUGAUAGACACGAACAAACGUCUCAAAGUGCACUGUAUAUUUCUAAAAAUAAGAUAUUUUUUAUCAAUGAAAGUGUGAAUUAGUCUCUCUUAAUAGUUUUUACAUUUUAGUACAAUCAUUUUGAAAGAAGCAUUCAUGCCUUUUGUGAAGCAGGGUGGUGGUAUGUAAUAUUUUACAGUAUUUUGUAAGGUAAAGGUGUUGAGGGGUGGGGGGAGGCCAGGAGAAGGGGAAAAGGGUCUUGGGAUUUGUGAAUUUUGGAAAGUUGGGUAUGUUAGUUACACUGCAUUUUACACUCCUUUCCUAUCCAGUUGACAUAUGUUUUUAUUAAGGAGUUUGGUUAUCUUAAUCUACUGCUUUUGUGUUGAGUAACAGUUCAAAUUAAAACCAAAGAACAUUCUAACAUAUCUGUGAGGUAAUAAGCUCAGGUGCUUUUAAUGUGCUUGAAUGGAACAGAUACUGUGCUUAUGGUAAAGUUUAACUGAAAAUUCAUAUUUCAGUUGCACCUUUUUAGUCCUUGAUUCUCUGGCACAUUUUCUUCCCUUGUUUGGACCUUUCUAAACUAUAAUAUUUAGCUUUGUUUAAUUUGUAGCUUGUCUUGGUAAAGAUACAUUGUUUGGAGAUAUUCAUUAUUUAAAAAAAAAAUAUAUGGAAUAUGUUUUAGCCAAGUGAAUGGUGUAUUCUUGUUCAACUGUGAUUUCCCCAUGCCAUUGGGUUGAUUCUUUACAGUGUGUUGUUAUUUGCCAAAAAGACAAUUGAAUUAUAAUAACACUAGUAUUAUUUGUGAAAUGGCCCAAUUUGGGACUUUAGUUAUAAAGUGCCAGUUUAAGGAUUAAUUUUGAAAACCUACAUGCUGGUUAAAUGAGUUGCAAGAAAACAAUAAACUUUAAAUGAAAUAAUUUAUUUCAAAUUUUA